AUACGUGUGCUAAGGCGCAUAAGUGUACAAAAAUAUCGCCCACGGGACACGUGACACCGCAUGUGAGUUGCCAGCUGUCUUGGGCACAUCCAAGCACCUCAGCCAAUCAAAAUCCUCCCUUGCCAUGUCUCCUCCCGUUCUCCCGGUUAGAGCUCCCAUUCUGCAGUCAGCUGCUGAUGUUUACACGGGAGCUGCCUCAAGUUGAGCCACGCUAGAGGUGCCAGCCGGAGGUGUCCAUGAAGAGAAGCGCAGAGCCAGGCGCGCUACUCAAGCACGGCCCGGACAGGAAGAGGGCCUGCUGGGGGAUUCUCAUCAGUCAAGGGUCCUGGGCAGAUCGUUCUCCUCUCCACGAAGCUGCUUCUCAGGGUCGACUGCUGGCCCUGCGCACUCUGCUGGACCAGGGAUGUCCCGUCGACAGCGUCACCAUCGAUAAUGUGACGCCUCUCCAUGAAGCUUGUCUGUCAGGACAUGUGCCAUGUGUCAGAGCGUUAAUAAAUGCUGGAGCUAAUGUGAACGCUGCUACCAUCGAUGGCGUGACCCCUUUAUACAACUGCUGCGCCUCUGGAAACGUCGGCUGUGUGGAGCUGCUGCUGCAGAAUGGAACGCACACACACACCACACACACACACUACCCCUCAGCCCUGCAUGAAGCCUGCAAAAGAGGCAAUAGCCAGUGUGUAGAGUCCCUGCUGUCACACGGAGCAGAUCCCGACUACAAAGUGUCAAAUCUGGGCUCUCCUCUCUAUGUGAGCUGUCUGCACCAACACGCGGCCUGCACAAAGAUUCUGCUGCACCGAGGAGCCGACGUUAAUGUCGGGGGAGGACGGGGUGACAGCCCUCUACACGCAGCAGUCCGACAGGACAACGCAGACCUGGUGUCACUGUUACUGGACUACGGGGCUGAUGUCAACCUCAGAGACGACAACAACCGGCGGCCCCGGGAGGUGGCGCCCGACGGCGGGAGAGCACAACAGAUGCUGCUGUCGUUUGAAGUUUCUCCGCGGAGCCUCUGCCAGUUGUGUCGCCUCCAGAUCAGGAAUCUGCUGGGGCGAACCAGGCUGGAGCUGCUCGACCUCCUUCCCCUUCCUUCGUUGCUGACUCAUUACCUGGAGCACACAUAGGAGGAUGGGAGCACAUGCAGCGUGACAGGACAGUGCAAUGUCUUUGAGGUUUUUUUUUUUGUUUUUGUUAACUGUGUUGACAUAUCAGCACCAUGGUUUGAACCGUUUAAUGAAGUUUAGCUACUUAAGAAUCAUUGCAUCAAAACACCCUGUGAAGAGGAUGAGCCUCUGCUCUACACUGUGUCUCAUCAAGUCAGAAUUUGCCUUUAUAUUGCCAUAACUGGAACGAUUACUCUUUACUUUAAAUGUUUCAUGUGUAUGUUUGUGUGUUAUUCAGCUCAGUGACCAUUAUAGCAGCUCCACAGCAAUGAGCAUGGAGGACGUUAUUUUACGUAUACAGAGCAAGUCGAUUAUUUAAUUAUGUUUAUGCAUCUCACUCAUAUAAUACUAUUGAAAUGUUGUAUAUGUAGAGAUUUGAGAUAUAUAGAGAUUUUCUAACCUUAAAUGACAUGAACGAGAGGUGUUGUUGUAAAAUUGUUGUACAUACAUGUAUGCAUGCACUGUCAUGACACUGACAAAUAGCUUGUUACACAUUAAUAUAUAUUUUUGAACAGAUAAUGUAGAUUAUUAAAUAAAUAUGUGCUUCAGCAGGUAGAUUCGGUCAGAUUUCACGCAGCCUACAGCUUUUUUUUUUUUUUUUUUUUUUUUA